AUUUCCUGUUUGCAGCUUGUGGAGGGUGUGUCCUCCCAGAGCCCGGCCCCCCAGAGAGUCCAGGUGCAGAAUUACCCAAUCACAGCAAAGAAGCAGACAUCUGAGGUCGGAGCUCUGGGUGACUGGCUGCUGGGAAGUCGUCCAACCAGCAACUCUCCUAUUGGUUCCCUGUCCAGCAAGAACCCUCAGGAUUGGCUAAUGUCACUCAAGGAGAGCAAGACAUCCUGUCCAGUCCUCUCCUCUGUGGACUUCCUAGAGGCCUGGGGUCAGCUCAGGGACCUGGAGGCAUGGCUUCUGCACGACCAGACGUCCGUCAGCAGGGGCCGGGCACUCAGCAGCUGCAGCUCCUCCUUCUCCAUUGAAAAGAUUGACGAAUCAGAGUUCACCGUCAACCCUGAGGAUGAAGAGCUGAGCGACUGGCUCAUCACCCCGCCCACUGAUGCUAUGGAGACCAUGUCAAACGCUGAGCGAUGGCAGAAGGUGUUGAAGCCUUUUAAUGACAGCUGGUCGUCUUCUGAUUGGCUGACGGGGUCGAGCCGCCCGGCAGCCGACUGCUCCUCUUGCUGUCAGACCACUAGGGCUGUGGAGAUCGAGAACCUGGGUCAGUUAAAGUGCCUAAAGACCCCUGUCACCUCAAGCCACACCUCCGCACACACCCCUGUCACCCCACCAGCGGCAGUCCUGGAUGCGUGGCUGCAGCAGGCGCGGCCGGUGCAGCAGACCUGCAAGGCCAACGAAGUCUGCUCUGCCUACUCUGACUGCGUCUGCGAGGAGAACUGUGGUAGAGAAGCUCUUACCAUGUGGCUGCUGCAGCAGGACGGACGAGACAAGAACGGUGUCCCUAUGGCCAAGAACGCCCCGCCCACCACAAAGAACACCCCACCCACCCUUUACAACAGAGAGCAGAAGGUGCACGCCAUCCUGGAUGCCUGGCUACACCCCUCCUCCCCCUGCUCCCGCCUACCUCCCCUCACCUCUCCGCUCUCUGAUUGGCUGGUUCCUGAUGAGGAGAAGGCCACGAGGGAGGAGCACAGCUCCGUCUUCAAGCCAGCCCCCUCCCCAUCAUCCCUGCCGGGGUCCGGGGGUUGUCAUGACAACAAAUGGUUGUUGAGGAAGAGUCAGGCUCAGGAGCGUCUGCUGUCACCUGUCUGUGACCUCUUCUCCUGCAUGAACGUGGGUGGAGACAAAGACAAAUGGCUGCAUGGGUCACCUGUCCAGAUGUGAAAUUGAUGACAACAGUGACGUUUCUUCUUCUUCUUGCUUUAUUGCUGAUCAACGCACAUGAUCGUAACAGACUAACCAUUGCCGCCUUCAUGCUGUGACAUCACCACACUGAGCUGCCACUCUCCUCCAAUCAGGAUCAGUCUUCAUCUGAUGGAACCUGUGACGUGUUUAGAAACAGAUUGAGAUAGUUUGUAAUGAAUUUUCUGCUUUGAGCCAUUAAAUGAUCAAUGUAUUGAUCAAGUUCAAACAGGAAACAGCUGAUCCUGGCAGCAGGAGGGGCAGGCUUUAUUGAAUUAAUCUUGUUUCAACAGCUGUUUUAUGAUUUUAUUGUUUUAUCCUGUGAUGCACAUCUUGUCUGAUUUUAGUUUCCAUGAUGGCAUCUGGUCUCUGAGUUUCAUUACUCCAGACGCAGCGACCGAUUGGUGGAGCUCAUCCUGUGUCGUUAGCCAGUAUGCAGAUGUACAGACUUAAAGAGAAACAGCUUAAUUUCCCAGAAUACCUUGUGUGGAGGACGUCAGUCAGCUGACAGCUCACAUGACCCUGAAUGGUGCUUUUUAUUGAACCUUGCUAUGAUUCGCUACAGAAAUAAAAGAUGAUGGCAUCACUG